AUGGGAAGAUUCCUGGUAAGUGAACAGGUCUACCUGGGCUUCCCUGAAUCAACUCCAGAUGCACUGGACCACCUGGGGAUGGCUUUUCCAUUCUCCCGGCAGCCUGAGAGACAAGAGCAGCUCUCAGACAGAGUCACAUUCACCAACAUUGUUCCCAGAACCAGGAACGACUUCCUACAAUAUUCCCAUCAGCUCACUCUGGAUCUGAACACAGCAUUUAAACACCUCCGUCUGUCUGAGAGCAACAGAGUGAUUACUUACACUUACACAGAUCAGUCGUAUCCUGAUCAUCCAGACAGAUUUGAUGGUUUUGCUCAGGUGUUGUGUAGAGAGAGUGUGUGUGGACGCUGUUACUGGGAGCUGGAGUGGAGUGGAGGUGUGUCUAUAUCAGUGUCAUAUAAGAGCAUCAGCAGGAAGGGAGGUGUUGAGUGUGGGUUUGGAUGUAAUGAUCAGUCCUGGAGUUUGCGCUGCUCUUCCUCCAGUUACUCAUUCUGGCACAAUAACAUAUGGACUGAUCUCUCUGUAAAGUCCAUUAGCAGCAGAAUAGGAGUGUUUGUGGAUCACAGAGCAGGAACUCUUUCCUUCUUCAGCGUCUCUGACACAAUGAGCUUCAUCCACACAGUCCAGACCACAUUCACUCAGCCGCUCUAUCCUGGGUUUAGUGUUUAUAAUGGAUCAUCAGUGAAACUGUGUUGAUGAAUCAGAAUAGAUGAUGAAUCAGUAACAGUGAGUGUUCUUCUGUCUCCCGGUGUCACAAGCUGCUGUUUUCAUUACCAUGCAUUUAAUUGUUUAACACACAUUUUAUUGUUAACUGUUAAAGUGACAUCUUGUUAAAGGGGUCAUA